AAUCAGGACACCUGGCACCUCUGCUCAAGAGAGCUUUUGGUUUUGAAUUUAAACUCUCGCGCGCAAAGUGCUGGGUGGCGGUGGAGAUGCCAUCAGAUCACUGAAAGCACCCAAAGCACCAUGAUCGAUUAUGAAAACGAAUUUUUGGACCAACUGUUGAAAGACUCCCAGAAUGAAGCAAAAGUUCUUUCACUUAUGCACAGUGAUUUGCGCACCAAAAAGGAACAGUUAUCAGGAUUGAGGACCGAUUUCUGUGAGUUGUCUAGCAGGUUUCAGAGCAUUGCUGACGAUGUUUUUAAAACUAUUGCGGAAAAUGAAAAAUUGCGUGGAAAAAUUCAAUUUAUGAAAGAGGAAAGAUCUAGAGAAGAAAUAACUAUGUCACGAGAUGAUUACCUCAACGAUAAAAUGGAAAAAGUUCGAAACGAUCUAUUAUUGGUUACUAAUGCACUUAGAGUUGAUAUUCACUUUGGAGAACAAUCGCUAAAGCUGAUAUUUUCGGAUUCAGAUCGAACAGUGGUUGAGAUAGAAAUGAAUGGGGUUUCUUUUGAACUUCGUUCUAUUACACCAAAACAUCAUAACCAAGACAAGAUUCAGCGCAGGCUAAAAGAAACCGGCGAUUUCCCCGCAUUUCUUGCUGCAUUCCAUAAAUAUUUGUUUAGAAAAAUGUGAUUUCGAUACCAAUUAAAGGUUUAUAUAUUUUUUUAUUUCAAUGCAGUUUAAAUACAAUAAAUAAAUCACGUAAUAUCGCACUGCUUAUUGAAGACAAUCACAAUUGGUUGAAACAUAGUUUGUGUAGCCACAAUGCUCUCAAAUAUGUUCAUUUUAAAGCUCGCAAAAUUAUACAAAAACAUGUGGAUAUCCCAGUGACCUGCUCGUAUUUUGCUUAGUCCUGUGUACUGUAAAUCCAUUCAAGGGCACGUUUUAUCCGCCUAAUAUUGGCUCGAGCCAAGAAGCUCGAUAUUAACAGAUACUCAGGAUAAGUGCGGCGACCCAUUGUGCCAGUGCCAACUUGCAAACGACCUUCGCAGAGAAUUUUGGUCGUCAAGCUAAGCAGCCACUGAAGAAUGUCGUUACUGGAAGGAGUGAAGUUUUUCAGCCAAGAAGACGGACACCACAAAUAAAGCUGCAUUACGUUUGCUGCUACAUCAGCACUGAGGCGCUGUUGAAGAUAGUUUACAUUAGUUUAAACCUUUUCCUCGACAAAAUACGUCUUCUAUUACCUUGUUUGGAUUGCGGCACAGUAUGUUUUCGACCAACAAUUUGACUAUAUUUGGAACGUUAUCACUCAAAUCCGGCAGAUCGGUUUCUUUGUAAUCUGAACUUUUCAACGCUGUUUUGUUAUCCUGCUAAGAAUAUCUAUUAAUCUUUAUGUUUGAAGUGAUUGUAUUACAAUGUACCUUGUUCCCAUAAAAUGGGUUUGUUGAACCGAAAAUUUCAUAUGCAAUUGUGCCGCAAGCCCAGAGAUCUGCUUUAUUGUAAUCUAAGACUGAGAAAGUCCCCGGUUGUUUGGUGAUAAUCUCAGGUGCCAUCAAUGCGGUAUUUCCGCCUUUAUCCAUUUCUUGCGAUGUAUACGGAAUUUGAAGGCCGUUUGUUUUAUCAGCGAUACAACAGCCAAAGUCCGAAAGAACCAGAGACGGCGGCAUGUCCUGUCGAAGCUCAAUCAAGAUAUUAUCACUCUUUAGGUCUCGAUGGGCCACUCCAUAGCGGUUCAUGUGGGCAACUGCUUCGAGCAGCUGGGUGAACAAUAAAAUCCGCGUGCGCAUAUCCAUUGUAGUUGUUUGAGUAA